AGGAAAUAACGUGUCAGUCGGAGAAUUAAUUGGCCGUUGAUGAGAGCUGGAAUUACCGCUGCAGCGGCUGAUGAGCUGUAGAAUUGCCCCCGGAGAAGCCACCUGUGGGGCUGCGCGCGCUCGCGGGGCCGUCCCCUGACGCGCUAGUGUCGUCACGGCCGGACCUGAGCCCGCGCCGGCGGAAGGGAUAUCUGCCCGGCCAGGUGUGCACACACCUCAUUCUGCUGCGGACUGCCGGAGAGAGAGCACCGCGCUACCAUGAAGGCCGCUGCCAUGUGCUGGGUACUGAUCAUGUCUCUGGGAGGCCUGUCUGUGGACAGCUGUGCGGCCGGGGACAUACACGUGACGAAUUGGGAGCCCAGUCCGCCCUACACCAGAGGUGUGCCGGCUGAGUACGUGACGUCGCACGCGGCAGACAAGAGAGAAGGCGGCCAUCAUCAGGCCGCGGACUGGAGCGGUGUACUGGACGGGAAACUGCGACAGGCAGACUACACAAGAUGGCAUGAGGACGGCAGACCGGAGCCGCGGCACGUGUCUGACGGUACGUCCCGGAGAGAGGCGAGCGGGGGAGAGGCGGAGCUUCCGCGGGACGAGGUGGUCACCAGCCGCUCGGCGGAUCUGUCCGCAAGGAUCCGAGCUCCCUUCGGCAACAAGAACGCCUGGGUCCUGUACAAACGAAGGAGCGACAACAACAACAAUGACAAGGACAACAACUACGGAGGUGACGAGGACAGCAACAGUGACCACUACGACCAGGGAGCUUCCAGGAUCAAACGUUUCAUGGACAAACAUGGAGGGUUCGCCGUCAGGGCGAAGUCUAACGCGUGGAUCCUGUACAAGAGAGAGGGGGGUGAACCUUUGGUGCCGCCACAGUGGGCACGGUAAUUGUUUUGUUUGUGUUUUCCCGCCGACAGCUAGGAGCAAUAAAGUAAUAGAAGUGUAGCACAAGGUCUCUGAAAUCCAGUGUACCGAACCUGAUGUUUCGGACGCUGUCACUGAAGCUGCUGUCGGAAAACGCUGAGAAGAGAAACGCCGUUGUUUUUUUCUGUUCUGUACAAAGCUUUCUCUUCAGAGCCCAAAGAAAAGAAGAGUCUGAAGCGAAAAACAGAGUCUGAAUUGUGCUAGCUGUACUUAUAAGGAUACAGUAGUUUACAUUUGAAGAUAGUGCUAGAUUUAGCCUUGAAUUGUGUUUGAAGCGAAGGUACAGCCCAAUCGUAGUGACCGUAGAACAAUAAAAAGAAC